GAUGACCGCGGUCCCUGGGCCCGUGUUGGUGGAGUGAUCGAUCCGGACAGACGCAGACACGGCGGCUCACCCCAAAAUGGCCGAGAGCCUGCACAGCAGCACGCUGUCGGCGUCGGGCGGAGGGAGCCCGCACAUGUCCACCUUCCUGACGCUGGAGCAGCGGGCGGCCUUCGUCUUCGUCCUUCUCCUCUUCAUCUUCCUCGGACUGCUGAUCGUGCGCUGCUUCCGCAUCCUGCUGGACCCCUACAGCAGCAUGCCCUCCUCCACCUGGACGGACUACAUGGAGAAGGACACGUUUGACUACCGCAUCGUCUGACCUCUGGCCUCGCUGCAGCACCCCGGCGCAGCGCAGCUGGGCUUUAGCGAGGAGACAGCUGGCUGUUGACUUGAACUGGUCACACUGGGGACCCAUGGGCCCAGAGACGCAGGAGGAUAAUGUCCCCAUCAUCCACCACCUUCACACACCCUUAACCUAAACCUCGACAGGAGGAUAAUGUCCCCAUCAUCCACCACCUUCACACACCCUUAACCUAAACCUCGACACAGGAGGAUAAUGUCCCCAUCAUCCACCACCUUCACACACCCUUAACCUAAACCUCGACACAGGAGGAUAAUGUCCCCAUCAUCCACCACCUUCACACACCCUUAACACACACCUCGACACAGGAGGAUAAUGUCCCCAUCAUCCACCACCUUCACACACCCUUAACCUAAACCUCGACACAGGAGGAUAAUGUCCCCAUCAUCCACCACCUUCACACACCCUUAACACACACCUCGACACAGGAGGAUAAUGUCCCCAUAAUCCACCACCUUCACACACCCUUAACACACACCUCGACACAGGAGGAUAAUGUCCCCAUCAUCCACCACCUUCACACACCCUUAACACACACCUCGACACAGGAGGAUAAUGUCCCCAUCAUCCACCACCUUCACACACCCUUAACACACACCUCGACACAGGAGGAUAAUGUCCUCCCUAUCAUCCACAACCUUAACACCCCCUAAACACAAACCUUGACGCAGGAGGAUAAUGUCCCCAUCAUUCACAAUCUUUACACCCCCUUAAGACACACCUCGAUGAUGUCCCCCCCAUCAUCUACAACCUUUACACACUAAACACAAACCUCGACACAGUAGGAUAAUGUCUCCAUCAUCGACAACCUUCACACACCCUAAACACAAACCUCUGCGAAGUGAUACAAAAGCCAACAGUUCUGAAGUCACACACACAUCACAAAGAAACAAAUUGUUUACAUCACAGUGGGAACAAUGCAAAUAUGGACAGACCCUGUGUGCCUCACCGCAUCCAACACACAAUCCAACCACUUAAGGAUGCCUCAGUAACAGAAAUAUGAGUGAAUGAACUUCUCUCUCGGCCUUUGUCUUCUUUUGCUUUAAUAUGAGCUAAACUGAUGUCAUUAGUGACCUCCUUUGAUGAGGAAUUGGAGGCAGGUGUUUUGGCGUGCAUCGGUCAUAAGGUAUCUUGGUUUGCUUAGUCAUCCUAGUGCUGCUUUGUUUUCUUCUGGAGAUGAUAAACAAACAAACAAACAAACAGCUGGUAUUUAAGCUCUUCCUCACUCACUCCUUCAGUAUUUUGAUAUUGUACUCUUGUACUUUCUGUGCAAGCUGUGGCCAGGGUAUGACAAGUUGUUUCAAUUUCUGCUUUGUUGAUGUAAUGCCAUAUUUCACAAGGAUGAACACAUCGUAUAAUUACACUACAGUGGGGAAAAUGUGGUAAACAGUGCUUCUGGGGGGGGGAUUAUUCUGUGCUUAAUGAACACUCUGAAUAUCAUUUGGCCAUGUAAAAGUGUUUGCAUUUGGUUCAUAGCUUCACCAUCAGUGAUAUUUGCGUCAAGGAUGGAAACGGAGUCGACAUUAGUGAAUCCUGUACAGCUUCAGUGAAACACUUGAUGACUUUUAAACAUUUUGUGCCUACUUAACGUCAACUUGCCCGAUGGCUCUGGACCUAACUGAUCUUGUUUCUGUGAUUAAUUAAUGGUUGAAAAUUUCUGCCGGCUGUUCUUUGAAAUUUGUAAAACUUGUGCCUUUCAACUGUUUACAGAUCCCUACAACAGGUGGCUUGCAUAACUGCAUAACUGUUCCUUGGCAAAGUAUUUGUACAACCCACUUAAUCAUGCAUCAGAGUGGUACAGUGUGUUGGUGUUUCUUUAUGUAGUGCUUCUACAGAGACAGCUGUGUCUGAAAUUUCACCUGUAAAUUUAGCUGAAUAGAUACUUCAAGACAAGAGUGAGAUUUCUCGAUGUAAUAAACAAUGAAAGCAUCUGAAAAACAAAAAUGGUUCCCAAAGAGUUUGGAUCAAAUGCAACAAAAUGUCUUAUUCACACUGAACUGAACUAUCCCACAUUCACAGCUCAGGGAGAGCAGAAGCUUCUUUCCCACGUCUAUUUAUAGCCUAGCUUUGCCAAGUGCGUUUUACACAGCAAC